AUGGCUCCUGGAAUAACCUUCAAGAACCCCUUUACGGGAAGCACUCACCAGACUGGACGCGGUGCAUCGGAGGAAGAGGGGGAGACCGCCGCCGGCAAUGUAUCUCCAUCAUCGUCGCCGCCAUCCAGACGACGCUCUGCGCUCACGGGGGACAAGUCGACUAGGCCGACCUCUGGAAGAGUGUCUCCUCGCUCUGGGAGAGGAGACAAAUCCCCUGAGAGCGAAGCUCGAAAGGAAGACGAGGACGUGGCUGCUGAGGACUCACAGCGUAACUCUUUCCCCUGGUAUGAGAAGGGCGAGAGUAGUCGCAUGGCGGCUGAGCGCGUGCAAAAGGAGCGCGCGAGGGCUGGGCUGCCGCCGCUUGUAUUCUCGGACGAGGAGGGAGGACCGUCGUCGGCACGAGCAGCGGCCCUGACACCACCUCCACCACCGCCACCGCAGCAGCCGCAGGGAUCGCCGAGAGGCAGGCGGAGGACCUCGCGGUUGCGGUCGAGCCAGGGCACGCUUGAGGGGAGCGACGAGGGCGGCGAGUUGAGCGGGGCGACGACGCUGGCUGGGUCGGUUAAUGACCAGGGCUCGGUCCUGGAGGUGGGAGGGAAGGGCAAGAAGAAGUGGAAUUAUGGUGAGGGGCAGCAGAAGAAGCAGGGCCAAGAUGAGACGCGGACGAAAGGCGCAGAGGAGGCGGAGGAUAGGCCGGCGUCAUUGUCACCACCACCGCCGAGCCAUACGAAGCGGUGUAUGUUGAAGAGUGCGUUGGAGAGGGUGGGCCGGGCGUUGCUGUUCAAGAAGAGCAAGGGCAAGGGCAGUGCUUUGGGCUGCUGUUUGAGGCAGAAGAAGUCGUGGGAGGUGGUGAAGAACAAGGUGAAGUUUCCCGAGGCGUGGUGGAGGGCUGGGUGGUUGAAGAAGUGA